CUCUUAUUUCAGUCGGCUGCCGAAAACUCUACGGGCCGCUUUUGUUGCGCAUCGACCUGACGAAAAGCGUUAUUAAAAGUGGCGGAACCGUCGCGGUCGCUCAUAAGUAAGCGAGAAGAGGACCAUGGUGCUUUCCGAAGGAAUGAUUGAAGAGUCAGGCCGCAACAGCAGCGCCAUGGCGGACAGGAGACAACUGUUUGCUGAAAUGCGUGCACUGGAUCUGGACUCCAUUAGACUGUCCACAUACAGGACGGCAUGCAAGCUGAGAUUCAUACAGAAGAGGUGCAAUUUGCAUUUGGUGGAUAUCUGGAAUAUUAUUGAGGUUUUUAGAGAAAACAGACUCAACACCAUGGACCUCAGCACAGAGUUCUCUGUGUCACAUUUGCAAGCAAUACUGUCCACCAUCUUUUACCAGCUGAACAAGCGCUUGCCCACAACCCACCAGAUCAAUGUAGACCAGUCCAUCUCGUACCUCCUCAACUUCCUGUUAGCGGCCUACGACCCGGAAGGAGUGGGAAAGAUCUCAGUUUUUGUGAUGAAGAUGGCCCUGGCUGCUCUCUGCGGAGGAAAGAUUUUGGACAAACUAAGAUAUGUGUUUUCACAGAUAUCAGACCCAAACGGAGUGAUGAUAUACUCACAGUUUGACCAGUUCCUAAGAGAGGUACUGAAACUGCCCAUGACGGUUUUUGAGGGACCAUCUUUUGGCUACACUGAGCAGUCCACGAGAACCUGCUUUCCACAAGAGAAAAAGGUCUCGCUCAAUGUGUUUCUUGACACGUUCAUGUCGGAUCCUCCUCCUCAGUGUCUGGUUUGGUUACCGCUGAUGCACCGGCUGGCAAAUGUUGAGAAUGUCUUCCAUCCUGUGGAGUGCUCCUACUGCCACAGCCAGAGCAUGAUGGGAUUCCGCUACCGUUGCCAACAAUGUGAUAAUUACCAACUCUGCCAAGAGUGUUUCUGGAGGGGCCAUGCCUCGGGCAGCCAUAGCAACCAGCACCAGAUGAAGGAGUACAUGUCAUGGAAAUCUCCAGCUAAGAAGCUGUCAGAUGCUCUUAGCAAAUCUCUGAGCUGUGCCUCCGGUCGAGAGCCUCCUUACCCGAUGUUCUCCGAAACAGCAGAGAAACCGCUCAACCUCACUCACGUCGUGGACACAUGGCCUCCCAGACCUGUGACCGCUGGAAAUGAAUACAUUCUCUCUCACUCCAUGCCUUCCUCAGGAAACCCUUACUCCAGCAAAACAGGUGCUCAUGAUGAGACGAAGCAAAUGAAGCUGUUUUCCCGGACGGCCCCAGAUCUUUUGAAAGGGAAAGGGGUUCAGUACAGCCUCGAUAUCGCGGAUAGGCUCGCUGAUGAGCACAUACUUAUCGGACUUUAUGUGAAUCUCCUCCGAAAGGACCGUUCAUGUUUCCAAGAGAGCUAUAAAAACCAAGACGAUGAGCACUUCCUCAUCGCCCGUUACGCCUCCCGAUUGGCUGCUGAUGGAGCUGCAGCGAAGACCAGAGUCCCAGCGGACAUCUCUCUCUGUCUGGACUCCAAUAAACAGCAGCGACAACUUAUCGCCGAGCUGGAGAACAAGAACAAGGAGAUUUUGCAAGAGAUCCAACGCCUGAGACAACAGCAUGAAGAAGCUUCCCAGCCUCCGUUAGACAAAAGCCAACAGAACCCAACGUUACUGGCUGAACUGAGACUGCUCAGACAGAGGAAGGAUGAGCUGGAGCAGAGGAUGUCAUCUCUUCAGGAGAGCAGGAGAGAGCUCAUGGUGCAGCUGGAAGGACUCAUGAAACUACUGAAGGAUGAGGAGCAGAGACAAGCUGCUCAAGCUGCCGGCUCCUCCCCCAGCCACGCCUCCCCUCGUUCUAUGCAGAUGCCCAUUCGCUCUCCCUCAUCGGGCCUCACCCCCACCCAUGGAGGCCACACCCCCACUCACGGGCCCCAGGACUCUUUAGCUGGAGUGGGUGGAGAUGUUCAGGAAGCAUUUGCUCAGGGACCUCGCAGAAACCUGCGAAAUGAUCUCCUGGUGGCAGCAGACUCCAUCACAAACACCAUGUCUUCACUGGUCAAGGAGCUCAACUCAGAAGAUGGAGGAGAAGAGGAUGAGAGACUGCUGCAGAAUGGCAAAGACAGAGGUAUGACCCUCCACAUGGGAACUACAUUACCCAAAAUGCAUCUGUGCUCCUGCACGCAGACCUCGUUACAGGAACAUCAAUGAUUUUGUGAGAUUUAUCCUCUCUACACACAACAAAAGCUCAUAAUGUUUAACGGGGCGGGUGUGUGUGUUUCUGGCGUGUGUCUGUGCUUUCUGAGGGGGCUUGUUAGUGCUUAAUUACUCGUUAGUAUUAACGAGGAAGCUGUUUACGAGUGUGUGGAGGGGUGCUGGAUGUUUUUUUUUUUUAACUACUUCCUGUAGGGUCAGAGGGGUUCAGCACACUGAACCUUUAUGAGCCGAACCCGUACUGGGAAACACCUUCAUUAUAGCGCUGGUUCUUUCUCUUUCUUCACUGUGUUCAUUCAUCUUUCCAUACAGCUCCGCCGCUCAUGUUUUAUUGGUCUGCUUCUGAUGGCCUUUCUUUGCUAGUUUCAGACACCAUCACUCAAAUUAAGCUCCCAGCAGACAUUUGCUCAAAAAUGCUGUAGCUGGAACAAUUUUCUGGAGAGCAGCGCUUAAAACAUGCCUCUAAUAAAAUGCCCUAAUGACUUGUAUUAGAUUAUUGAUCAUUACAUAUAUGCGUAUAGUUGUAUGUACUUAUAUGGUCUCUUGCAUCGAUUUAGUAUAUUUUGCAAGCAUUCAUUUUGAAUAAAUGUCUCAGAAAAAAAUUGGAGCAUUUCAAAUUAAAUUAAGAGACUUUAAACUUGAUAUUUCUGCAAAUAUCUACGUUUCCAGUAUUAUUUAUUUCACACACACACACA